AUGCAUGUGAAGAGGUCCACGUCCACGGCCGAUCGUCGACGUCUCAUGGCAAGUGAUAGUGCAAGUGACUCGGACGCCUUGGACAGCAACCAGCGUCUGAAUUGUAACGUGAAGGGGAGGAAACGCAAGAACGAGGAAGAGGAAGUGGCCAAGAAAGUCUCGCGAAAAACGAGUUCCAAGAAGGAGAAGGAGCUAAACUCUGUUUCAAAAGAGGGUGCAAAAAGCCAGAAAAACGCAGUUCACGCUCCAGAUGCGGCAUAUACGGAGGAGCUGAAGCUCAUUGCAAUGGAGACUCGCCAAUUGAAUUUUGAAGUGGCCAAGUGGAAGCAGCAGCAGACGUUGAGACGCGAGCGGCUGCAGCUCAAGCGAGAAGAGAUUCAGUAUAAAGAGAAACUGACAAAGCAGCAGCUGCAGGUGCAGGUGAUGGAGCUACGAGCGAGACUUGGGAAAGCGCUGGAUGAGGCUGGACAGUCUCCAGCCCAGGCAAAGAAGUACCUUGCAUUACUGAAGCAAAAGGAGGAAAGAGAGCGAGGGAUUGAGUGA